CAGACAGCUUCCCUCCCGUCUAAUUAGUACUGUACGCGCCUCAGGAGACAGCAUCAACAAAGACAAAGACGUUUCUCCUCGAUACCGUUAAAGAGCACCUCAAGUACUAGCGGUGCCGGCACGAUGCCCUACGAUCUCGACAGCGCCUUAUAAUGCCGGAUUUCAAGCCUGGGCAGACUGUCCAACUAAACGAUGGCUCCAAGGCCAUCGUUCGUUUCGUGGGCACCACUCACUUUCAGGUUGGAGAAUGGAUAGGCGUUGAGCUGGAGAACAAGACGGGCAAAAACGAUGGAAGCGUUCAGGGAGAGCGUUACUUUGAUUGUCCUAUGGGCUAUGGCAUGUUUGUCAAACCUGUGAUGGCCAAGAUUAUCGCACAAGCACCUACACCAAAGCCGGCUGCCCGGAAGCCUGCCGCAAGGCCAAGCAGUUUCGCACCUACUUCAGGUAGAGCCUCGAGUGCGGCAGGAGAUGCAGGCUUGGGUAGAAGGAAGAGUCUCAAUGCUCCCAGUCCUAGCCCAGUACCUAGAGUGUCCCGGCCGACAAGCAUUGCAAGAUCGCCUACGAAAUCUCCCACAAAGCAGUUGAGUGCUGCUUCGAGCACCACUGUAUCCCGAACAGGAACACCAUCGAAUGCGCGCGCCCCUUCCGUUGGAGCAAAGUCGCGCCCAUCAAUUGGGGGACCACGAACAUCCAUGGGUCCUCCGCCACCCACUGCUCGAACAAGACAAGCAUCUACUUCGUCAGGCACAGCACGAGCUGCAUCCGUAGCUCCAAGGACAACGACUAGCCGCAUGUCUUUGGCCGGACCACCACGACCAGCAUCUCGGCCAGCAUCACGGCCAAGCUCAGCUGCCAGACGGACAUCGGUCGACUCGCAAGCAAGAAGGGGCUCCUCGGACAGAGAUGAUAUUGCUUCCCCUAUUAAGGAUAAUGGGGACAUUCUUUCACCUCAGCCCAGGAGCCCUGUUCAAGCCAGAACAAAGGCCCUUGAGAAACUUACAGGUGGACCUUCAUCGCGAACAACCACACCCCCUGCAGCACGAAAACCUUCAUCUACGACCACCGGACCUCGUCCUGCUGCAAGUACGGCAGCAAGUAGAGAAAUCGAAGACCUCAAGGCCAAGUUGAAGGUUUUAGAGCGCAAACGGGCCGAAGAUCGAGACAAGUUGAAACAACUUGACAAAGUCCAGGGCGAGAGAGACAAGUUCGAGAGUGUCAUCCAAAUGCUGCAACAAAAAUACCAACCGCAACAGCAGGAAAAUGCCGAGCUGAAGAAGUUACUGAAAGAGGCGGAAAUGCGACUUGAUUCCGUUGAAGAGCUUCAGGCAGAGCACGACAGCAUAUUAGAACUAGCAACACUCGACCGAGAAAUGGCGGAAGAAACAGCGGAGGUUCUGAAGGCCGAACUGGAAGCCCUCAAGGAGAAAGCUGAAGAGAUGGAAUUGGAGGUUGAGAUUUUGCGGGAAGAGAACGAAGAGUACAGUAAGGGAAUGGCCCCCGAAGAACGAGCAAGUUCAGGCUGGUUGCAGAUGGAACGGGCGAACGAACGAUUAAAGGAAGCUCUCAUGAGAUUACGCGACCUUACUCAGGAGACCGAGGAAGAACUGAAAGGCCAGAUUAAAGGGCUCGAGGAAGACGUAAAAGAGUUCAACACUAUGAAGGAGGAAUUCUCCAAGUGCCGCGGAAAGCUCGAGCAGUCAGAAAGUGCCGUGGAAGAUCUACGUCAACAACUCGACAAUGCUCUUGGUGCCGAAGACAUGAUUGAAGACUUAACGGAGCGCAACAUGAGCAUGUCUGAGCAAAUCGAAGAAUUGAAGGCUGUCAUUGAUGAUCUUGAGAGCCUGAAGGAGAUCAACGACGAGCUCGAGAUCAAUCACGUGCAGAACGAAAAAGAGAUGCAAGAAGAACUCGACUUCAAGGAUAGUGUCAUUGCUGAGCAGGCUCGACGAGCUGCCCAGCAAGAAGAGUCGCUAGAGGAUAUGGAAUAUACCCUCUCACGCUUCCGUGAGCUAGUGACAAGUCUGCAAAGCGACCUGGACGACAUGAAGGCCUCACAAGCUGUCACUGAGGGCGAGUCAGAGAAACUCAACGACCGAUCCAGGGCCAUGAUGGAUCUCAACAUGAAGCUUCAGAUCUCAGCAUCCAAGGCUCAAGUCAAGACUAUCGACCUUGAACUUCGACGACUGGACGCCCAGGAAGCAGAGCAACACCUGGAGAUCGUAAAGCUAUUCCUCCCUGACACUUACAAGGAGGACCAGGAUUCUGUUCUUUCUCUGCUUCGCUUCCGUCGGGUGGCCUUCAAGGCGAACCUCCUCAACAGCUUCAUCCGCGAACGACUCAACGGACAGCCUCAUCCUGGACACGAGGACGAUGUAUUUGCUGGAUGUGAUGCCUCGGAUAAACUCGUCUGGGUGUCUACUAUGUGCGAUCGCUUCGUCAGCGACAUGACGCACUGCACCAUCGAGCAGUUCUCCAGGUACCAGAACGCACUGCACGAGCUAGAGCCUGUUGAGCGAGCCUUGAACGUCUGGAUUGACGGUCUUCGCCGCGACGACCUGAAGGAGAAGACUUGCGCCGACGAGUUGCAUCGUACCAUCGCCCUCCUUUCUCACUUGGGAGAGGUGCACAUCUCUAACAGCCUGGCUAACUAUGCUGACGAUCUUCACAUGAAGGCCAUGGUCAUGCAGAGCCACCUCGACUCCGCAGCCGUCUCCUUUACCACCGUGCGAGGCCUCGUUCAACGAGUGGUUCCUGCUGAGGGCGAGGAGGAUGAGCUGGCUCAGCAUUUCGCGAAGAAGUCUGAGGCGGUUGUUACUCAUACUCGAGGUACAAAGGUCAUCGCCGCCAAGGCUGUCCGGGCUCUCCAGGAUUUGCGAACGCGAUCUCUGUCUCUACUGCCAGACACCAAUGAAGCGUUUGAGCAAUGUUGUGAGGCAACGCAAGAACUUGCUGAUCUAGCACGACAGAUUGGUCUCGGCAUCCACAGCUUGUUCACUGCCGACGAGGGUCGCACUGAGCCCUUCAGCUAUGCAGAGGUACAAACUGCUGUUUACAAGACAGUCCUUUCUGUCAGCACGUCAAGCGAGUCGGACCUGUUCUCUACUUAUUUGUCCAAGUUGCGAGCCGUCACCACUCAAAUCAGUGACCUGGUGUCGCUUGCUACCGACCUGGAUCAGGUUCAAGAGUUUGAUGUCACUCCUGCGCCCUGGCGACUGCGAUCGCAAGAGCUCAAGGCUCUCAAGACCAUCCCCGUUGACGCGGAAGAGGAGCUGCGGCGCCUCAAAGAGGAGCAUAGUGAGGCUCGUCGUACCAUCGCCCAGCGCGAUGAGCAUCUCAGCACUGCUGUCCUCAAGAUCGAGACGCUUGAGUCCAGAAUGCGUGAUGCCCAAGCUAACAUUGAUCGCAUUGCCAAACUGCAAGAGGAGCUUGAGGCUUCAGGCCAGCAGGUCGGUAGCCUCAAGGAAGACAUUGAGAAGCAGGAUCGUGAGCUCAAGAAUCUUGAAUCAGAACGCGACAAGUGGAAGAAGAUUGCCAGCGAUAGCCGUGCUUACGCUGAUGGCGCAGAUGCUGCUGGAGCCAAGGCUGGUCAAGAACGAGCCGUUGCCACAGCUCGCGAGAUGGAUGCCCUCAAGAAAGAUAUCGAGAGUCUGCAGUCUGCAGUUCGAUAUCUACGUGAGGAUAACCGCCGGGCUCGUACAUCUGAGCAACAUAAAUACGAAUGGCUGGCUGAGCCACUCAAGAAGCCUACUUCUGUUGCUGAAAAGCGCCGUAACAUGAUAGCAGCCGAAGGCAAGGAUGUCCUCGGCGAGCUCGUCAAGAUGGCGUCUUCCGCUUCCCUUUACGACUUCGCUUCCCUGCCCCAAGACAAGCUCGCCUGGAAGCCUGUGCGAUCAACGCCGCAGUAUCACGCAGCCAAGCAGAUGGAGGACUAUGCAAGCUGGGAAUCUUGGCAAGAGUCGGUCCUUAAGAAGGCCCACGUUCUCCAAGGACAAACGGCCAACGCUGAACGGAGAAAGAAGACGCCCACAGCAGCUCGUCUACGUAUUAAGUUGCCCGGCGUCGACGGAAAGGUUGUGCCAGGCUCAGGAAGGGGUGUCCAGAUCGUGGGAUCGCAGGAAUGGGAGGCUUUACAGGGCCGGUUGGCUGUAUGAUUAUAGAAUAUUACAUACCCCUUGAUUUCGUCUUUGUCUUUCAUCAAUUCUGAUGGAUUUUGUUGGUAUGAGAGAACGAAUAGCAAAUCUACGUAGCAGAAGCAAGCUUUGCCAAACCACCUCUGACAUUCAGGGGCUUUUAGG